AUGCCUGAACCAGCAGGGGACCGGGUCCCCCUAUCAGCUAAUCAGAGGUGGUGCCUGAACCAGCAGGAGAAAAAGAAUACACAUUUUGAAACAAUAGUCAGACAGACAGAAACAACAGCAAGCAGCCCAGUUUCCACACCAUGUGGACACAACUUCUGCAGAACCUGUAUUACUAAGUUCUGGGAUGGACAAGUCCGGUACAAAUGUCCUGUUUGCAACGAGCUUUUUCAAAGUAGACCCUAUCCACGAGUCAAUACCCUCUUAUCAGAGCUGGUCGCUCAGUUUAAAACAUCCGUACGAGUAGAAGAGCAGCCUUGUGCUGAACCAGGAGAAGUUCCCUGUGACGUCUGUACUGGGACCAAGCUGAAGGCCAUGAAGUCCUGUCUUGUGUGUCUUAUGUCGUACUGCCAAACCCACCUGGAGCCACAUCAGAGAGUCGCAGUCCUGAAGAAACAUCUGCUGGUCGAGCCUAUGGACCGUCUGGAAGACAGGAUGUGUAAGAAGCACGAACGACUUCUGGAGCUCUUCUGCAAGUCUGAACAGGUGUGUGUGUGUCAGUUCUGCACAGAGACAGACCACAAGUACCAUCCUGUUGUACCUCUAAAGGAGGAAUAUGAAGAGAAGACGGCCCAGCUGGGUAAGUUAGAGGCUGCAGUUCAGCAGAUGAUCCAGGCGAGACAAAAAUAUAUUCAGGAGAUUAAAGACACAGUUAAACGCAGCAAAGCAGUCACAGACAUAGAGAUAGCCAAUGGUGUGAAGGUCGUCACUGCUCUGAAGCGCUGCAUUGAAGAGUGCCAGGAUGAUCUCAACAAAGCGGUUGAAGAGAUUCUGAAAUCCACAGAGAAACAAGCUGAAGACCUCAUCAAAGAGCUGGAGCAGGAAAUAGAAGAUCUGACCAAUAGAAGCUCAGAGGUGAAGCAGCUCUCACAGACUAAAGACCAUCUCCAAUUCUUCCAGACCAUCAGAUCCCUGAAAGAUCCUCCACACAUCAGGGACUUGACAUCGGUGCAGGUCCAUUUUAUGUCAUACGUAGGGACCUUGAAUUCCCUGAAUCAACUGAACCAUACGCUGCACCAGGAGAUGAUCAAGAUGUGUAAGAGGAUAGUGGACUGCUGUGCCACAGUAUGAAGUAGAUGUGACUCUGGAUCCUGAGACAGCUCAUCCCUGUCUCAACCUGUCUGAGGAUGGGAGACAAUUACAUCAUUGAGAUGUAGUGAAGAA